GCUAACAACAAAUGGCUUUCAAGCUAAUAUGAGUUUGUGAAAGGACUUUUAAAAGUGAUUUUACCCAGCCUUAACAAUGGAAACGACUGAUGGCCCCUGUCAAGUGGAAAACACAGAUAUAUUCCUGCCGUUGUCAUCACUAAGGCUGCUUAUACCUCCCCUGCGGCUGCUCUCUGCAGCGAUGUGGCAGGUGGCUCAGCGGAGAGAGGUUCUCGACUAUGUAAAGCUUGGUGAGUUUGUGACGCUGGUGACGGCUAUAGUGCCAGAUCUGCUCAAUCCACAGCAACGAGGCAAGCUGCUUCUGCGGCUGAGAGCAAGAGACACCUUUCUCUUUUUUCGAAAUAUAUCUCUUCAGGUUAUUCUUGAGUUGUGCAGAAAUGAGGAAACAGCCAACAUUUUGUGCGUACAGCCUCACCUAGAACAAAUCCGCCCAGCAGGAUACACAGGAAGUGGAGAUGCCGAGGUGGAUGCAGAGGAGGCCAUUUUUGUGGAGCUUAUCCAAACACUACUGAAGGACCCAGCAGAGAGGGAACAUUUUUACCAGGAGAUUUUUCCUACAGAGUAUGGUCCCAGCUACGACACAGACAUGCAGCUCCUCGUGUGGGAGUUUCUGUCUAAACUGGAGAAACUCCUGCCAGUGCCAGACCUCAGUCAGACUGUGUCGUGGCUGACGUCUGCUCCCUCCGUGCUAAAGGACUGCUGGCAAACGCUGUCCAAUCCUGACGACUUGAGGUCUCUGCUGCAGCACCACAAAUGCCUCGAGCACCUCGGAACACAAGGUACCACUGUGGAGAUGUCCACCCAGGUCUUUGCCUGCUCAGAGUGUCCCUUCUUCCACAUGCAGGAGUCCUACCUGUUGCAGCACAUUGAGCACAGUCACCCUGAGCAGUACAGCAAACUCCAGAUCUCUGCAGAGGCAGCUGACGUCUCCAGGAAGAAAAUCCAGCGUCCUGAGUUUCCAACGCCUUUCCCCAUCCACGACAGGCCCGAUCCUCACACGUGCCAGGAGUGUGGCAAAACUUUCACGCGAGCCUCGGACGUGACUCGUCACCAGCGGACGCACACGGGCGAGCGCCCGUAUACCUGCGAGGUAUGUAAAAAGGGCUUCAAGAACUCUUGGGAUCUGACCCGACAUGAGCGCAUUCACACCGGAGAGCGACCAUUCCUCUGCUCCCAGUGUGGCAAACGGUUCACACAGAUGGGGUUGCUCAAGUUGCAUUUAGAGCGAACCGCCUGCAGCCAGACCUGCAACCCUCCCGUCGAGUUCAUGACGGAGGUCGUGGUAGCAGAGGAGACACCGGAGAAAGGGGGUGGUCAGUACAAAUGCCAGAAAUGUGGCGAGAGCUUCAGCAGCAUCCUGGAGCGGAUGAGGCACAGACAGAGACACAUGGUCAGGCAUCAGUUCAAAUGCUCCAUGUGUGAGAAGAUAUACAGCCGCGCAUCCGACCUCAAGAGACACCAGAUGAAGCACACUGGUGAGCGGCCAUUCGCCUGCGAGUGUGGGAAAAGCUUCACGCACGUGUGGCUUCUGAACAAGCACCAGCAGAUCCACACCAGGGAUCGUCUGCACCCCUGCACGGAGUGUGGAAAGAGCUUCACGCAGCUCCAGAUCCUGAACCGCCACCUGCUGACUCACAACGGCCAGCGGCCUUUCCAGUGCUCCAGCUGCGAGAAGAGCUUCACCCAGCUGGCCAGCCUCACGCGCCACGAAAGAAUCCACACGGGCGAGAGGCCGUACCCCUGCACCACCUGCGAGAAGACGUUCCUCACGCAGGGAGAGCUGGCGAGGCACCAGCGUAGCCACAGCAACCUCAGGCCGUACAUGUGUCCGCAGUGCCCAAAGAGCUUUAAGACAAAGCGGGCUCAGAGCGAACACCUCAACGCACACACGGGAGAGCGUCCAUUUGCAUGCCCCAAUUGCGGGAAGAGGUUCUCCAAGUCGACCUCGCUCGUCCGACAUAAACUGACUCACACAGGGGAGCGGCCCCACCAGUGCUCCCAGUGCGGGAAAACCUUCCUCACCUCUGGCGAGCUCCUCCUCCACAAACGCAUCCACACAGGAGAGAAGCCUUACUCCUGCUCCCACUGUGAAAGGAGGUUCAGGUGCUCCUCCGACCUCAACAUGCAUGUCCGAACACACACUGGGGAAAAGCCACACAGCUGUCUGUUCUGUAAGAAGAGUUUCUCUACCUCUACGAGGCUGAAGAGACAUGUACGCACACACAUGGAAAAGGGUUUAGUGGUGGAGUCCUUUUAGUCUUUGAGCUGCCAAAAGCUAAUGAUGUAUGUAUUAGAAGAUGCUUAUCUCUGCUGUGUCAUUUAAAAUAGAAACUGUCUUUAUUUAAUACUUUUUUUUUGUCAUGUGGUGACUAUAUGUUGCAUGUGAACCAUCUUUGGAAAAGAAAAGUUUUUGUAAACAAAGGAACUUUUUGGGUGUUCACUGAUAUAUACAGUGGGUACGGAAAGUAUUCAGACCCCUUUAAAUUUUUCACUCUUUGUUUCAUUGCAGCCAUUUGCUAAAAUCGAAAAAGUUCAUUUUUUUUCGCAUUAAUGUACACUCAGCAACCCAUCUUGACAGAAAAAAAACAGAAAUGUAGAAAUUUUUGCAAAUUUAUUAAAAAAGAAAAACUGAAAUAUCACAUGGU